GAUAUUGAAUAGCAAUAGCAAUGGCAAAGACCAAGGGCGAGAAACGCAAUAAGUCGGCGAUCAACGAAGUUGUCACCCGCGAGUGCACAAUUCAUUUGGCCAAGCGUGUGCACAACAUCGGCUUCAAGAAGCGUGCGCCGCGCGCCAUCAAGGAGAUCCGCAAGUUUGCCGAGCGCGAGAUGGGCACCAAUGAUGUUCGCAUCGAUACCCGCCUCAACAAGCACAUCUGGUCCAAGGGUAUCAGAUCAACGCCCUUCCGCGUUCGUGUCCGUCUAGCGCGUCGCCGCAAUGACGAUGAGGAUUCUCCCAACAAACUGUACACACUGGUCACGUACGUGCCUGUGCCAACAUUCAAGAACUUGCAAACGGAGAACGUUGAGUCCAGCGACGAUUAAACUAAUGAGAAACACAAAUAACUAAAGAGUUUACGCCGCUAACAAAAAAAAAAA